UGUUUAUGUUAAACUUGAUCUCGCACGUAUAUCGCUUGUUUUGCGAAGAAUGAAGUGUUUAAGGAGAACAAAACAACGGCCAUGUAAAACAACGCGAAAAAUGGAUGCUGUCGUUUUUCAGUUGCUCUUGAUUGCAGUUUGUUUCAGUUACGCAGGUGCAGCUUGCAUAGAAUAUUAUGCUACAUCCAGAGAAACAUGCCGCGGAUGGUGGGGAUGGUGGGGUUGCGAAACUGUAUAUUUACAAAAUAGCCAAUGCUGUAGCGGAUGGAGAGACAGUUUGACACCGGUUAAAAGAUGUGAUUCACCACGUUGCUCCGAUGGCUACGGUCCAAAUACUUGCAAUAAAAACAAUGAAGGCGAAGCGAAAUACAUAGAUGGAAGAGUUGUGAGAGAUAGUGGUGGAAUAUGCUUUGCUCCAUCACUUUGCAAAGAUUGCAAUGAAGGAUACUAUCCAGUGAAGUAUGACAACGGAUAUUGCAAGGCGUGCUCCAAACCAGCAAACUGCAAUCGGGCGUUCUGCACAACGAGUAGUGAUUACAGAUGUGACUAUUGUGUUGAAGAAUACAUUAGAACUAAACCAGGAUAUAACGUCUAUACUGGUAAACCGAAUAAUAAGCAAUGUCAAAAGGCGUGUUCUUGGAAACAGGGAGCAAGAUGUUUUCCUGGAAGCUGCACUGGUGAUAUGGUACUAAGCAAAGACUGUAAAUGUGCCGUCGGAUUCGGUGGUGGUAUGGACUGUGCAACUGCUACAUCGGCAAAAAAACCGACAAUUAAAGAUUUCUUUUUUACCCUGAUGGAUAAUUCAGAUCAUAAAUUAGUAUUGGAAAAAGCAUUUAAUAAAACAAAAUUCUGGACUAAAGUAACUGAUUGGUCCAAGCUAAAGCUGAAAGCUUCGUCACACUAUAAACCACAGAUAGACAACGAAAAGAUACCAAACUAUAUAACAGAUUAUACGAUCGGAAUAGAUGACAUGGACAUUGGUCUCACGUUGUUCAGAGGUACAGACAGGGCACAGUGGUCAAUAAACGGAGGGUGUACAAACUUUGCUGAAAAUUGUGAUAAAAGGUUCCCGGAGAUCACGGGGAAUUAUUCAAUAAAGAGUAUAAAAUCAUGGCAAAGGAUAUUGAAAGGAAACUUUACGCAUGGGGAUAGAAUAGAAUAUACCGUAUCUGCAAAAAACGGUGGCAAAGUACUUUAUGAGGACAGAAGUAGUUUUCAGCAGCCAUAUUCAAAAGAAGAGUAUUAUCUUAAUGGUAUUAAAACAACCGAAUUUCUUGAACUGGAAUUUGACACUCACCCACCUGAUCAUUGCUUUGAACAAAGUGACGACUGUAAGAAAGAUGCAUUAAAAGCAACAGAUUUUCUUACACAGCCGAAAGUGACCGUGCAGUGGGACGGAUGGAAUGACAGUGAUUCUGGCGUUAAAGAGUAUGAGUUUAAUAUAUACAAAUUACAAAAGACAUCUGACACUGGUCCACUUAAGAAUGGAGAUGUGCUUAAUCCUUCAAUGAAAGCCAGUUCCUCAUAUAGUUCCCUCACGCUAGAGCUUGACGAACCUGGGCCUUAUUCUAUUGAAAUUAUCACAUACGACCGGGCUAAAAACCAUAAAGUUGCAAGGAGAAUAGUAUUAUUCGACAAUGCAUCUGUUGUCGACCUUCAUGGAAAUGAAAGUACAGUCAUACAGGCCACAGCAAAUAACUGGAUAAAUAAGUUUAGUGAUGUAAUUGAAAUUGAUUGGCAAGGAAGAUUCAGAAAUGUAAGACAUAGUAACGGGGGAUGGCUAAAUGAAGUUCAGGGAAGUAAAAAUGUUAGCAGGGACCUUGAUGAUCGUCACGGAAGAUCUGAAAGGACAAUUGAAAAGAUAGAUAAUAUAGAUGGGAUUAUACGUUUCGAAAUAGCAUAUUUGACCGAAUUCCAAAACUCUUCAACAUUCAGUGGUUUUCAAAGGGUACCUGAUAAGUAUUUUCAUAGCCAGAAAAUGAUAUACACGGAUGAAAAAUUAAUCGAUGGCAAAAGAUUGACCUAUCGUAUACGUGGAUACGAUGUUGUUGGGGAAUUUGCCGAAGACAAUGUGACAGUGAUGAUAGAUCUGUCGCCUCCAGUUAUACAAAAUUUGUGGCUGACAAAGGGAGAUUUAGUCAAUAUCAGCGUUCACAGUGUUUUGGAAUUGAAGGAACUUACAAUUGAAUGGGAAACAUUUGAUUAUCACAGUGGUAUACAUGAGGUGUCGUGGAAAGUAUUUGAUAACUUUACUAAAGAUGUGGUUGUCUAUGGUAAUUCGAAUGAACCUCCACAAGGUGAAACAAAGGAUUUAAAGGAGUGUAAUCAAAAAUACGGUUUAUAUCCCCGAGGACCAAACUGCUACUGUUCUCCGUAUAAUGGAUGUUUUCAUAGACAUUAUCAGAUCAAACCACCAGUUUCUAACCUUAACAAUGCCGGUUUACACUUUGGUAAAGAAAUAGGCGAUCACGAUUACGACUAUUAUAUAGAGGUAACUGUCAUCAACAGUGCUGGAUUGUCAACAACCGAACAUAAGAAGAUAACAAUUGACACGUCAUCGCCACACGAAGGCAAGGUGUAUGACGGUAUUCCCGGAGAUCCUGAAGUUGAUUUUCAGCAGUCUCUCAAGCUAGCAGGGCAUUGGAAUGACUUUUUCGACAAAGAAAGUAGUGUGUGGUUCUAUUCAUAUGGCUUUAGUGAAAUCUGUUUAGAUGAAAAUGAUCUUGAUAUACAUUCAAGGGUUAAUUGGACGUAUGACAGUAGAGCUGAGUUUAUAGCACCAAAACCUGGCAGAUAUUUUCUCACAGUCAUGGCAUAUAAUCACGCCCUUGGUCAUAGUAAACCUGUUUGUUCUGACGGUGUUACGAUUGAUAACUUACCGGCUGCUGUAUCCGAAGUUAUUUUACACGAUGCUGUGGCGACAAAUGGUCUUAUCAAAAGUGAUGCCACUGAUACGGUGUAUGUCCUCAAUAGAAACAGAGAAUUGGAGAAAGUUGCUAAUCCCUCUAAAACUUGCAGGUUUGUAAUUAUGAUAAAUGUUGCACUUAUAUUUGACUAA